GGGGAAAUUGUAAGGUACGGGCAUAGAAUUCAAUUCCUCAAACUUCUGGGGCCCAAAGACAUAAUUUGCCUUUUAACUACGCUAUAACCAGACCAUAACUUGUAACCAUCAAAGAGCAAGCGGGUCUCAUCACAAGAAGCGGCCGUCAAGAUCCAAACAAAAGACAACGGAAACAUGGCAUCACCAGCGCCCGCUCAAACACGGAGCCCUGAACUCAGGCACGAUCCUGUCACUAACCGGUGGGUCGUUUUCUCACCCGCCCGAGCCAAACGACCCACUGAUUUCAAAUCCAAAAUCCCUGAAAACCCUAAUCCUAGCAACAAUUCCUGCCCUUUCUGCAUCGGCAACGAGCAUGAGUGUGCCCCCGAAAUCUUUCGGGUUCCACCCGACCCGGGAAACCCAGAAUGGAAGAUCCGGGUCAUCGAGAAUCUUUACCCGGCGUUGAGCAGAAACCUUGAUAACCCAUCCGAGCAAAGCCUUGGAUUGGAUUGUCCGGGUCGGAUAUUAAACGGGUUUGGUUUCCACGAUGUGGUGAUAGAGGUUCCGUUUCAUUCGGUCCAGCUUCGGGAUAUGGAAACGAGAGAGAUUGGCGAUGUUUUGCUCGCGUAUAAGAAGAGGAUUGAGCAGAUUAUGAGCUGUGAAUCCAUCAAAUACGUGCAGGUGUUCAAGAACCAUGGUGCUUCUGCUGGGGCAUCAUUGAGUCACUCUCACAGUCAGAUAAUUGCUCUCCCCAUCGUACCUCCUUCCGUUUCCGCUCGACUUGAUGGUACAAAGGAGUACUUCGAUAAGACAGGGAAAUGUUGUCUCUGUGUAGUUCACAUCGAAAAGCUUUUAAUUGAUGAGUCAACUCAUUUUAUCUCAAUUGUUCCUUUUGCUGCCACGUUUCCAUUUGAGAUAUGGAUCAUUCCUCGGGAUCACUGUUCUCAUUUCCAUGAAUUAGGUUGUGAGAAGGCUGUUGAUCUUGGGGGUUUGCUAAAGCUCAUGCUUAGAAAGAUGUCUGUGCAAUUGAAUAACCCACCAUUCAAUUUCAUGAUCCAGACAGCUCCACUUCGGGUUAAAGAAUCACAAUUACCUUAUACUCACUGGUUUUUACAGAUAGUGCCUCAAUUGACUGGUGUGGGAGGGUUUGAAAUCGGAACUGGUUGUUACAUAAAUCCUGUUUUCCCUGAAGAUGCAGCAAAAGUUCUGAGAGAAGUUAAUCUUCCAAAGGAUGUAAUGCAAGACAGACGGAAAGCUAAGUGGACUGUACCUUUUGAGAAUCAUCAAAAUUUUGAGCAUCAUGGUAUGAAAAGGGAGCGAAUAUCUGUAGAAACAAUGGGGUAUGACGGUAUCUAGUGCAUUUUCUAAUCCUUUUCUUGGAGCAGGAUUCUUUUGUGCCGAAUUUUUUUACUGUAAAAUUCAAUUUUCUUCCACGAUUAAAAAAAAGCUUAAAAUAAGAAAGGGGGAAUCAUUUUGAGCCUGAUCUUAGAACAGAAAUUUCCUUCCCUCUGUUAGUUUUUGCUUGGCUGGAAUAGUGACAAUGGACUGUAUCAUUUGUAAUCUAUUGGGAUUUAAAUUGGAUACCUCACAAUUUUAUAGAUGAACUUUUCUAUAUACAAGAUAAUAUUGUGAUUUGAUCGUAA